AUGGAAAACGAAACCGCAGAUGAAAUACAGAAAACUGCAGCUAACUUAUACUGUUCUCUUGACGAAGCUCUUGUUAAGGAAGUGAAGCAGUUUUUGAUCUUUUUGGCAGCUUUUAACAUUAUUCUGUCAUUAGUCGCAUUUCUGGGAAACACUCUGAUCCUCGAUGCUCUUCGCAAGGAGUCUUCCAUCCGUCCACCUUCAAAGCUCUUUUUUCGCUGUCUUGCAGCAACUGAUAUUUGCGUUGGAGCUUUGAUCGGGCCGCUCAGUGUUUACUAUUGGAUAUCCACCGCAAACAAGCGAUUGAGUAACUGUCAAGCUGUUGUCUCCAUCCUAUUCCUGACUUCAAGCAUCUUGACCUUAGUCUCUCUGCUGACGGUGACUGCGAUAAGCGUGGACAGACUGCUCGGCUUGUCAUUGGGACAGAAAUUCAAACAUGUUGUUACCUUGAAGCGAACGUAUGUGGUUGUAACUGCCUUUUGGAUCAUGUCGAUUGGCAUUGCGAUACUGCCCCUGUAUAAUUUCCUCGUGUAUUCCUGGUGCGUUUACACGAUCGUAACAUUAUGUUUAGCAACCGCGAUAUUUACUUACACCAAGAUAUUUUGCACGCUCCGUCACAAUCACAAUCGAGCAAUCUGCGUUAUUCGUCAUAUGACUCCGCUAACUUUGGCGCGAUACAAGAAGGCAGUAUCCAGCUCCCUUUGGGUGCAAGCGACGAUGGUCGUUUGUUUUCUACCGCAUGUUAUAGUAGGUAUACUAGGACAAAUUUUGCAGGAUCGAAGUAAACCUGCAAAUUCCUUGUUUUUUAUUGCAAAGGCAUGUACGGUGAAUUUAGUUUACAUAAACUCCUCUUUAAACCCGAUUCUUUACUGUUGGAAGAUCAAAUCAAUCAGAAAUGUAGUGAAAGCCAGAAUGAAACAAAUUUUUUGCUAUUAGCUCUUGCUGUUUCAUUUUGCGUUAUAAAAUUAAAACCAACUUGCGACAGGCAUUCAAUUAUUGGAAUUUUCUAAUGCUUGUGGCCUUGCGCGAGGAAUCUUCUAUUCAUCAGCCGUCGAAGCUCUUGCUUCGCUGUCUAUGUAUCUCUGAUUUCGGGGUUGGUCUUAUUUCAGAGCCUCUCCAUGUCGCUUAUGUAUUCGCACUAACGAACGGACGUUGAGAUGUCUGUCCGUAUGUAUUAUUCUCUGCAACUACGGUAGGCUACACUUUAAGUGGAGUUACUUUGCUGGCUGUGACCGCUAUUAGCGUGGACAGACUUCUCGCCCUCUUGCUAAGCCUUCAAUACAAAACCGUUGUCACAAUAAAGCGAACGCGUGUGUUCGUACUCAGUUGCCUUUUGGAUUAUGUCGGGGAUCUCAGCAACGACGUUUUUGGUUAACUACUUUCUAAGCUUAUUAUACGCUACUGUCGCAAUAUCUUUGUGUAUGUUAACAUCUAUUUUUUCAUACUCUAAAAUUUUUGCUCUCUCAGAAAUCACCAGAGACAAAUUUGCCCUCAGCAAGUGAAUCAAACUUGUCGCCGAUUGGAUAAAGCGCGACACCGAAAGCGAGUGCUCGCUGCGCUGUGGUUGCAGUUCGCGCUAGUUUUGUGUCAUUUACUGUUUGGUGCAGUAAGUUUUGUGGGAGCUAAGACCUCGGCUCAAGAAAAAGUGUCUUCGUCCUUUUUCCUCGCCAGAGUGAUUACAAUCACUUUAGUGCAUCUUAACUCGUCAUUAAACCCGGUUCUUUACUUUUGGAAGAUGAAGUCGGUGAGACAAGCAGUGAAAAAGACAAUUGAAAACAUACUUUGUUUGUUUGGAAAUUGA